AUGUUACCCCUGCUGGUACUGCUCGGGGCCUUGUGCGCUGCACAAAGUUUUCAACCAACCCCACUUCAAAUCACAGUUCCGCGGAAGAUUUGGUCAAAUGCAACUGAAGAUUCAAUGGAACAACAUGUGGCAUAUAUUAUUAUAGUAGAAGGAAAACCAUAUACUUUACAGCUCCAAAAACAAAUGUUUUUACCCCAGGACUUCAUGGUUUAUACUUACAACAAACAGGGUGUCUUUCAUUCUUCUUCUUCAAAAAUUAUGAUGCAGUGCAAUUACCAUGGAUACGUUGCAGGUUUUCCAAAUUCACUCGUGACACUCAACACCUGUUCUGGACUCAGGGGCUUACUCCAGUUUGAAAAUAUCAGCUAUGGAAUUGAACCCUUGGAGUCCACUGCAGGGUUUGAACACCUUAUUUACCAAGUAAAGAAUGAAAAUAUCAGUGUUCCUCUCUUGGAAGAAAAUGAUACAGAUAUCUGGUAUAGAAAUUUACCUUAUAACUCUCAUAUAGGUUCAGAAGAAAAAACAGUUGUUUCACAGACAUUGCCUCGAUAUCUGGAAAUGCAUGUUAUUGUGGAUAAAGUUUUGUAUGAUCAUAUGGGUUCUGAAAUGGCAGUUGUAACGCAGAAAAUUGUCCAGAUCAUUGGUCUUAUUAAUACUAUGUUUACCCAGCUUAAAAUGACAGUUAUAUUGUCUUCGUUGGAAUUUUGGUCAGAUAAAAACAAAAUUUCUACCACUGGGGAUGCUAAUAAUUUACUACACAGAUUUUUGGCAUGGAAGCACAAGUUUCUUGUUCUAAGGCCCCAUGAUAUGGCAUAUUUACUUAUUUAUAGGAAUCAUCCUAACUAUAUUGGGGCAACAUUUCCUGGAAAAAUAUGUAAUAAAAGCUAUUCUGCAGGAAUUGCUAUGUAUCCAAAAGCAGUAUCAUUGGAGACAUUUUCAGUUAUUAUGGUACAGUUACUUGGCCUUAAUCUGGGACUGACAUAUGAUGACCUCAACAUGUGUCAUUGUUUAGGAGCUACCUGCAUAAUGAGCCCUGAAGCAGUGCAUUCCAGUGGUGUAAAGGUUUUCAGCAGCUGCAGUCUGAAUGACUUUAAACAUUUCAUUUCAAAGAAUGGGGUUGAAUGUCUUCAAAAUCAGCCAUAUGUGAACCCAGUUUACAAAGAAGAUGCAGUAUGUGGAGAUGGUUUUGUGGAAGGUGAUGAAGAGUGUGAUUGUGGCUCAAAAAAGGAAUUCUCUAGGUGUAAAUUUAAAAAUUGCUGUGUUAUGGAGACAUGUAAACUCAAGCCAUCAGCAAAAUGUGGCUUUGGACCAUGUUGCACAUACAGGUGUCAGUUUCACAAGAGAGGUAAACUGUGUAGGCCUAAAGCAAAUGAAGAAUGUGAUUUUAAUGAUUAUUGCAAUGGAACAUCUCAUGAAUGUGUACCUGAUACUUUUGUACAGAAUGGUGAAAGUUGCCGUAGGAAUACUGCCAUUUGUAUUAAUGGAAAGUGUCCUCACUUAAACGACCAGUGUAAGAGUAUAUUUGGACCAGCUUCCAGAGCUGGUUCUUUUGCAUGUUUUGAAGAAAUGAAUGGCAGAAAUGAUCCAUUUGGGAACUGUGGUAUUGAAAAAGAUUCGUUUAAACCAUGUCCAUUUGACAAUCUCUUGUGUGGAAAAUUAGUUUGUACUUGGCCAAAGAGAUCAUUGUUCUUCAAAAGAGAUGUAUCUGUGAUUUAUUCACGUGUUUAUGACGAUAUAUGUGUAUCCAUUACACAUACUACUCCAGUGCGACCAGGGCAACGAGAUUUUACAUUUGUGCAUGAUGGUACUCCAUGUGGUCCUAACAUGGUAUGUUCACACUUUUCUUGCAUAGAGUCUCGUUUUUUGAUUGAAAGAAAUUGUAAUGCCACUGAAAAGUGUCAUGGAAAAGGACGUUGCAAUAAUUUCAACUCCUGUCAUUGUAAUACUCACUACUUACCUCCAGAUUGCAAGAGAAUGUCUUUCUUGUCAUGGGGAAGUUAUGAAGAUGGGCAUUUAGCAAAGCCUGUUACUACUCGAGGUUAUACUACUACUCGAAAGAACUGGCUUAUUCUAGGCUUCUACAUCUCUCUACCUUUUCUCAUCAUUACUAUCAUUAUUGUUGCAAAAUGGGAUAAAGUGAAAGAAUUAUGCAAUGUAGAAGAAAUACAAAGUGAAGGAUCCCUAUCAGGAGACAGCAGCAUAUCUUAUAGUACAAGGUGA